AUGGAAGACGCAAAUGAGUCUGUAGUGCCUGAGUUUAUUUUUAGUGGACUUUGUAAUUCAACGGCGCUCCAAACCUUCCUUGUACUGCCAUUUUCUGUACUCUACUUGAUGACUGUUGUUGGAAACCUCCUGGUUGUGGUCUUGAUCAUCUCUGAUCUUCAUCUCCAUUCUCCCAUGUACUUCCUCUUGGCUAAUCUCUCAUUCAUUGACUUCUGCCUUUCCUCAGUCACCACCCCUAAAUUAACCACUGACUUACUAAAGGAUAAUAAGAUCAUCUCCUUUGGGGGUUGCAUGAGUCAGAUUGUCUGUGUACAUUUCUUUGCAGGUGGUGAGAUGGUGCUGCUUGUGACAAUGGCCUAUGACCGCUAUGUGGCCAUCUGCAAACCACUCCAUUACUCCAGCAUCAUGAAUAGACAAAAGUGUCUCUGGCUGGUUUUGAUAUCAUGGAUCAUUGGCUUUGUGCAUGCCAUGAGUCAACUGGCAAUGAUUUUGGAACUGCCAUUCUGUGGACCCAGAGUAGUGGACAGUUUUUUCUGUGAUAUCCCAUUGGUGAUCAAACUAGCCUGCAUGGAUACUCAUAUUCUGGGAGCAUUGAUAAAUGCCGACAGUGGGUUCUUGGCAACAACCUGCUUCAUUCUCUUGCUGAUCUCCUACACUUAUAUCCUCCUAACUGUUCGCCUUCACUCCAAGGAUGGGGCAUCAAAGGCGCUCUCCACCUGCACUUCUCACAUCACAGUGGUGGUGCUGUUCUUUGGACCCUGCAUCUUCAUCUAUUUGUGGCCACUCAGCAUCACUUGGGUGGACAAGUUUCUUGCUGUGUUUUACACAGUCAUUACUCCUCUUCUGAAUCCAGCCAUUUACACACUGAGAAAUAAAGAGAUUAAAAAUGCCAUGAAAAGACUGAUACGUCAGCGUUUGGGUUCAAGAGAUCAUUUUUAA